AUGGAUGCCGACGAGGCGCGGAAAGCGCUCGAUCUCGCUCGGAAGCACGACGAGAAUGGCAAUAUAGAUGCGGCACUGAAGUGGGCCCGCAAGAGCGUGGCCAUUUACUCGACGCCCGAGGCCAUGGCUCUCUUUACGCGGCUCAAGGAAAAAGGCACACAGGGCACACCUUCUGCUGACUCGGGCACAUCUUCGGCGCCCAAAGAAACAGUAUACAUGGCCGCCAAAACAGAGACGCGAACGACCGAUACAGAAGGCACGCGAAGUGAAUAUACCGAACAGCAGGUCGAGGUUGUGCGUCGUGUGAAGCGGGCUGGCGGCGACUUUUACGCCGUGCUCAAUGUGCACAAGACAGCGACGGAUACGGAGGUGAAAAAGUCUUACAAAAAGCUUGCUCUGCAACUCCAUCCCGACAAGAAUCGCGCGCCCGGCGCAGACGAAGCGUUUAAGCUCGUUAGCAAGGCCUUUACCGUGCUGUCCGAUAAAGACAAGCGAUCGAUGUACGACAAAUUUGGAGGAGACCCCGAAAGCCGCUUCGGUGCGGCAUCGUCGAGUGCGUCGGCGCACCCUUUUGCACAGUUUCAAAGCACGCGCAUGCGCCCAGGGGCAGAGAUGGACCCGGAAGACCUCUUCAACAUGUUUUUCGGUGGCGGCAUGGGCGGCGGACCAUUUGGCACAACGCCCGUGUUCACGUUCGGAGGACCUGGUAUGCGGACGCACUACUACCGUCCUGGUACGCGGACGCGGCAGGCAGGACAACAAAGCGCACAAAAUGCGAGCCAAACUGCGAUGUGGUUCCAAGUCUUGCCCCUGCUUAUUCUCCUUUUCUGCACGAUGCUGUCAUACCUGCCAAAUUUAUUCACGGUUUCUGAUCCUGACUUUCGGUGGCGCCCAACGGCAUUGCACCGUGCGCAACGCACGACCUUGGACCGCGGCAUCUCGUACUUUGUCGACCCUGUGGCGUUUGCCAAGCACCCGUAUGUCACUGCGACGACCAAGGCGACGCGGCAUGGUGGAAGCGUUCAACGCUUUUCAAGUGAUAAGAGCUCAUCUGAGCUGCGUGCCUUUGAGCGUCGCGUCGAGGAGGCAUGGAUGAAGGAACUGUACAGGCAGUGUGACAGUGCACAGGAAUACAAGCGGCGCCGCAUGCUUGAUGCACAGGGAUUUUUUGGAUUUGGCGCAAACAAGGACAAACUAGAAAAGAUUAGGUCUGAGGUCUAUGAAAGCUGCGAGCAGCUUGAACACCUCUUUGGCAUCCGCCUCCGCUAG